AUGAGGGGUGAGAGGAGAAGGAAGCUGCAUCUUAGCAAGAUCUACUCAUUCGCAUGUGGGAAAGCAUCUUUUAAGAGAGAUCACUCACAGAUUGGAGCACGUGGCUAUUCCAGGGUUGUGCUCUGCAAUGAACCAGAGAGCUUUGAUUCUGUGAAUAGGAAUUAUGCAGAUAAUUCUGUGAGUUCCACAAAGUAUACUCCUGCCACUUUCUUGCCCAAGUCACUUUUUGAGCAGUUUAGGAGGGUUGCUAAUUUCUAUUUUUUGGUAACUGGCAUCUUGGCCUUCACAAAGCUUGCUCCUUACGCAGCUGUCAGUGCUAUCCUUCCUCUGAUUGUUGUUGUUGGGGCAACUAUGGUUAAAGAGGGUAUUGAAGAUUGGCGUCGGAAAAAGCAGGAUAGUGAGGUGAAUAAUAGAAAAGUUAAAGUGCAUAAAGGGCAUGGAACUUUCGAAUAUAUUGAAUGGAAGAAUCUGAAGGUGGGGCAUAUAGUAAAGAUAGCGAAGGACGAAUUCUUCCCUGCAGACCUCCUACUGCUUUCAUCCAGUUAUGAGGAUGCAGUCUGCUAUGUUGAGACCAUGAACUUAGAUGGGGAGACAAAUUUGAAGUUAAAACAAGGGUUGGAAGCAACUUCUUCCUUACAUGAGGACUCUGAGUUCAGUGAUUUUAAAGCUACAAUCAAAUGUGAAGACCCAAAUGCAAAUCUAUAUUCAUUUGUUGGGAGCAUGGAGUUUGAAGAGCAACAAUACGCCCUUUCUCCUCAGCAACUUCUUCUAAGAGACUCUAAACUUCGUAAUACGGACUACAUAUUUGGAGCUGUCAUCUUCGCUGGUCCUGACACGAAGGUUAUUCAAAAUUCUACUGAUCCCCCUUCAAAGAGAAGCAAAAUUGAGCGGAAGAUGGAUAGAGUUAUCUACUUCUUGUUUUGUAUUUUAUUUCUAAUGGCAUUUGUUGGAUCUAUUUUCUUUGGCAUUGCAACUAAAGAUGACUUGGACAACGGGUUGAUGAAAAGAUGGUAUCUAAGACCAGAUGAUUCUACAAUUUUCUUUGAUCCUAAAAGAGCACCUGCUGCUGCUAUAUUUCAUUCUUUGACAGCCUUAAUGUUAUAUGGCUUCUUCAUUCCCAUCUCAUUGUAUGUAUCAAUUGAAAUUGUCAAAGUCCUUCAGAGCAUCUUCAUCAAUCAAGAUAUCCAUAUGUACUAUGAAGAAGCUGACAAACCGGCCUAUGCCCGCACUUCAAACUUGAAUGAGGAACUUGGCCAAGUCGACACAAUACUUUCUGAUAAAACUGGAACUCUGACCUGCAACUCAAUGGAGUUCAUCAAAUGUUCCAUUGCUGGGGUAGCGUAUGGCCGUGGCGUUACAGAGGUUGAAAUGGCCAUGAAUAUAAAAAAUGGUUCUCCUUUGAUAAAUGACAUCGGGGAAUCUCCUGAUAGAAAUGCACCCAUCAAAGGUUUUAACUUUACAGAUGAAAGGAUAAUGAAUGGAAACUGGGUUAAUGAGCCUGAUGCAGAUGUUAUACGGAAUUUUUUCCGCUUGUUGGCAAUCUGUCAUACAGCCAUUCCAGAAGUGGAUGAAGACACAGGAAAUGUCUCAUAUGAGGCUGAAUCUCCAGAUGAAGCAGCAUUUGUGAUUGCAGCGAGAGAAGUUGGUUUUGAAUUCUAUAAAAGGACUCAGACUAGUUUAUCGAUGUAUGAAUUGGAUCCAGUCUCUGGUGACAAAGUUGAAAGGGUGUACAAACUUCUCAAUGUUUUAGAAUUCAAUAGCUCAAGGAAGCGAAUGUCAGUGAUAGUGAAAGAUGAAGAGGGGAGAAUUGUGCUACUCUGUAAAGGUGCUGACAGUGUCAUGUUUGAAAGGCUUGCCAAGGAUGGGAGGGAGUUUGAAGAGAAAACCUUGGAACAUGUGCAUGAAUAUGCUGAUGCAGGUCUAAGGACCCUGAUUCUGGCGUACCGUGUACUAGAUGAAGAACAAUACGAGGAGUUUAAUAAUAAACUUUCUCAAGCAACAAAUUCUGUUACUGAAGAUCGGGAAACACUGAUUGAGGAAGUAUCAGAUAAGAUUGAGAGGAAUCUAAUCCUUCUUGGUGCCACUGCUGUAGAAGACAAGCUCCAAAAUGGGGUACCCAAUUGCAUUGACAAGCUUGCCCAAGCUGGAAUUAAGAUCUGGGUUUUGACUGGGGAUAAAAUGGAGACUGCCAUCAAUAUUGGUUUUGCUUGUAGUUUGCUUAGACAAGGAAUGAAGCAGAUUAUAAUUCAAUUGGAGACUCCAGAAAUUCGAGCAUUGGAGAAGGGCGGAGACAAGACAGCUAUUGCCAAGGCUUCAAGGGAAAGUAUCCGCCAUCAGAUAUCUGAAGGUGGUCAACAGAUUACUGCCUCCAGAGGAACCUCUGAGCAAGCAUUUGCUCUAAUUAUUGAUGGAAAAUCACUUGCUUAUGCUCUAGAGGAUAAUAUGAAGAACAUGUUUCUAGAGCUUGCAAUUCAUUGUGCAUCUGUUAUCUGCUGCCGCUCGUCCCCAAAGCAGAAGGCACUGGUCACUAGACUGGUCAAAACUGGAACUGGUAAAACUACUUUAGCUAUCGGGGAUGGAGCUAAUGAUGUGGGAAUGCUUCAAGAAGCAGAUAUAGGGAUUGGAAUCAGUGGCGUGGAGGGAAUGCAGGCUGUUAUGUCUAGUGAUAUUGCAAUUGCACAGUUCCGUUAUUUGGAGAGAUUACUUCUUGUACAUGGACAUUGGUGUUACCGGAGGAUCUCAUCAAUGAUCUGCUAUUUUUUCUACAAGAAUAUCACAUUUGGCUUUACUCUAUUCUUAUAUGAGGUUUAUGCAUCAUUCUCUGGACAGCCUGCUUACAAUGACUGGGCUUUGUCGCUCUAUAAUGUCUUCUUUUCAUCACUUCCUGUGGUUGCCCUUGGGGUCUUUGACCAGGAUGUCUCAGCUCGGUACUGUCUGAAGUUUCCGAUGUUAUAUCAAGAAGGUGUUCAAAAUGUCCUCUUUAGCUGGCGUCGAAUACUCAGCUGGAUGCUUAAUGGUUUUAUGAGUGCCAUAAUAAUUUUCUUCUUCUGCACAAAAGCAAUGGAGAUUCAGGCCUUUGAUGAGGAGGGAAGAACUGCUGGUAGGGAUAUACUAGGAGCAACAAUGUAUACUUGCGUGGUUUGGGUUGUAAACUUGCAGAUGGCACUUGCUAUAAAUUACUUCACCUUGAUUCAACAUAUUUUUCUCUGGGGCUCCAUUGCUCUCUGGUAUCUUUUCCUCCUUGCAUAUGGAGCAAUACCUCCGAGCUUUUCUACAAAUGCUUACAAAGUCUUCAUUGAAACUCUGGCUCCAGCUCCUUCCUAUUGGAUUGUGACAUUGUUUGUGGUUAUCUCAACACUUAUACCAUACUUCACUUACUCAGCAUUGCAAAUGCGGUUCUUUCCUAUGUAUCACGAGAUUGUACAAUGGAUAAGGCAUGAAGGGAUGACAAAUGAUCCUGAGUUCUGUGAUAUGGUGCGGCAGAAAUCAUUGCGACCGACAACUGUUGGUUCAACAGCUCGCUUAGCUGCUAAGACUAAUGACAUAAGAGACAGUUCUUCUAACCAUAGAUAAUAUAUUAUAUUUUGACACAUUCUUGUUUCAACCAGCAUAUGAUGUAGUUUGUGUAUAAUAGCCUGAAAGUAUAUUUAUUAUGGCCCCUCUCAACCAGAAAGGUAUGUUGCUUGCAUCCACUUUCAUGGUAAUGGCAACAUGGCAUGGCGCAAAAAACCAACAUUUGGCUGUGAAGUUGAUCAGGAGAAUAAAAUGUUUAUCUGGUUUUUUGGCCAUUUGAGGCUGUACAGCGUUUAAUGUAUAGUCUGUUUUUUUUUUGUAUCAUAGAUUAUAGCAGUUACUGUGUAGUGUUUAUAGCUUGAAUUCUU